AUGCCGUCCAAUGCGAAAGAAAUGACGCCCGCCGAGGCGGAAUCGGUCUACUUCAGCAACAACCCCCCUCCCAAAACCCUCCCCAAACACGAAGCUCUCGCCCGCGCAUUCGUCAACGACCACGUCGAGGCAGGUCGGCGGGUUGUUCUGGUCACCUCUGGAGGCACGACGGUGCCCCUGGAGAACCAGACGGUCCGAUUCAUCGACAACUUCUCUAACGGAACCCGUGGAGCGACGUCAGCCGAAUACUUUCUCGAACAAGGAUAUGCGGUGAUUUUCCUGCACCGGCAAUUCAGUCUCCUCCCAUACUCGCGGCAUUACAGUCACUCGACCAACUGCUUUCUGGACUUCAUGGACGAAGCGCCCCCGGCAUCUGGGUUGAAUGGAGACCACGGGGCGAUCGUGGUGCGCAGCGAGUACCAGGAUGAGAUGCGGGAUGUGCUGCGCAAGUAUCGGUACGCGAAACAGAACAAUCGGCUAUUGCUGAUUCCGUUCACGACGAUCACGGAGUACCUGUUCGAGCUACGGUCCCUUGCGCAGGCUAUGCGGCCGUUGAAGGCGAACGCGCUGUUCUAUCUGGCUGCAGCCGUCAGUGAUUUCUUCAUUCCGCGCGAGCGCAUGGCCGAACAUAAGAUCCAGUCGUCCGAACUACCAGCUCAUCUGGCCAGCCCUGAUGGCAAGGACAGUGCCGACCAGGCGAUCGAUCCGGCCGACAUCUACACUGGUGGUCUGGAGGCUCAGCCGCCGACGCAUAGCAAGAAGCUAAUCAUCGACCUGGAUCCUGUCCCGAAGUUUCUGCAUCAAUUGGUGGACGGGUGGGCACCAGACGGCAGCAUGGUGGUGUCGUUCAAGCUGGAGACCGAUCCGAAUCUACUGGUGUACAAGGCCCAAACUGCGCUGCAACGAUACUCCCACCACCUAGUGAUUGGAAAUCUUCUUUCCACACGGAAGUGGGAGGUGGUGUUUGUCACGCCAGAUCCGCCCUACGAGCGGUGGAUUCGGGUGCCCAAGUCGAAGCGUAGCAAGAGCAUAUCUGGAGCGGAAGAUCAGGUGGGACUGGCUGAGAUGAAGCGGUCCAGGGGAAGCAAUACUGGCGAGCCUCGUGCGGAGGAAACGCAGACUGGGCCUGAGGGCGUGGAGAUCGAGAGUAUGAUUAUCCCGGAGUUGGUGAAGCUGCACUCGAACAUGAUCGCGAAGAAGGCGCAGGGGUCGUAG